GUAAACAGUGUCAGUGAUUAAGUGACACACAUUUGAUAAACUAAGUUGAUAUACAUGCAAUCACAUAACAUUAUCUUCAAAGUGUUAUUGUAGACGGAGUUAAAGUCAGGAUUAAAGCAUAUGAAAAAGCACGUUUGAAACUACCAUGGAUUUGAACAGUAAUAUCUCUAAUGGCAUAGUAUUUUUGACAAGAUAUCCGUGGCAAUUCAUCUGGCAUUCUACUGCUCGUGUGUUGUAUGGCUUUUAUUGGGUCCUUUUUAAAUGGUGGAUCAUACGACUUUUUUACAGAAAAGUGUUUGUCAAAAUCAAAACGGAUGACCUGAAUCGAUUUGUUUAUGAUUUACUAAAAGAAAUUGGACUAAAACCUGUGCCUUUUGGAUUGGACAAAAUGUCAGAAAAUGACAAAAAGCGAACAAUUAUUACAGUCAGACACAGUGGAAGCCGUGUAGACUCAGAUGUAUUAGGAUGUUGCAAAAACAUGCCAGAUUCAGAUAUCAAACGAACAGUUGUUGUUAUUAUAAAUGAAUUCGGAAAUAAUAACAAGGGCCAUCACGGGGAGGAAAUAAUGCCCAGCAGCUAUGAAAUUGGGAAUUUGAAGACUUUAAAGGGCAUUGUUACAAUAAAUUACAGAUGCUGCAUACAAAAUACCAAGUGCAGCACCUGUAAAUAUGCUUUAGACGUGUUAAAAAGGCAAGCAAUUUCACCAAAUUAGAACUAAAAUGUUCUAAUGUAAGAUAUUCCUUGACAGGAUAUUUAUUUGAGACAUCAAACAAAAUUUACAAAAUAAUGUUUUCGGAUUUAAUGUAAUUAUACACUUUUCAGUUCAAAAAUAUCUGAAUAAGCUUGGUCAAUUAUAUGAUCAAAGCAUAACUCAUCUUGAUAUUUUUUUUUCAUUCCAUUUGUAAUUUCUUAGUUGUGUGUAAUUCAUACUGUACUUAGUUUAGCACACUAUCAUCAUAAAUAGAUAUUUACUUAAGUUGAGGUGUGCUGUACAUGGCUUACAAAGUUUAAAUAUUUUUGAUUUGAAUAUGGUUGAUUCUGAUAUGAAUAAUCUACUAUCAAUUUGAUAAUCUAACUUGGAGUGAUAAAAUGAGUAGGAAACAUGUAUCGACUAAUACGUAUGUUUGAGGUACGUAAGUGAUAACUGUAAAAUUAGAUAACAUAUUUAUUAAAUACUAUUGUUGAGUGGUUGUCUAAAACGGGGUCGUUAGCGAUUAAGUGUUAUUGGAGAGCAAAAUAUAGAGAGUGUUCAGAAAGUAAAACAAAAUGUACGCAGAAUAAUUAUUGUGAAAACUUUAUGAAUAUUCUAGUUUAUAAAGAAAUUCAUAUUGAACUAUUUUAAAAACUAGAAUAAAUUAGAGACUUUACUUUAUUAUUAAGAAAAUGAAGCAUUUGUACAUAAAUAGAACACAUUUAAAACAUUUGCAAGAACUAAAGUUUUAAAUGUAAAAAAAAUAGGAAAAAAAAUAUCUUCAACAACUUAAGAAUAUGAAUCAUUUAAAGUAAAAAGGACGCCUUUAAGUAAGCACAUAUAUACAUAACACGACAGUGUUAAGCGUAUUUAUUUAUUUUAUAUUUUUUACAAUACUGUAUACCAAAAAUAAUUUGUAAAAAAUUUGCCCAUGUUCAAUAACUUCAAAAUUGUUUUAUUACUUCAGUAUGAAACAAAGUUAAAGUGUAGCUUAAUGAUGACUCAAUAAAAAUUAUGUUUGAAAAUUAAUAACGGAUUAUUCAGAAGUAUGUGUUUUAAUUGUUAGAUAGAAAAAUAGAAAAUUCGAGUAAAUUAUC